AUGAAGGACGCGUCCCUUUCGCAGGGCGUGUCGGCGCGUCGAGCACACCUCGUGGCGCACCCGCACCUCGGAUGUGAAGCGCGGAUGGGCGCAAGGGGGGAUGGGCGCAAGGGGGGAUGGGCGCAAGGAGGGAUGGUCGCAAGGGGGAAUGCGCGAGGGGGGUGGGCGCAAGGGGGGAUGGGCGCAAGGGGGGAUGGGCGGAAGGGGAGAUGGGCAGCGGAGAGGGAAUGGGCGCAAGAGGGGGUGGAUGACAGUUGUGCUGUGCUGGCUGCCCAGGCCGUGUUUGGAUGGCAGUGCUGCUGCAAUGCAAUGCAAUGUGCGCGCAUGGCGAGAAGCAAGGCGGCCUUGACGUUGCUAGUGUGUUGCCCAGGGGAUCUGCGCAUGCCUCUCUCCCCCACUCAAACCACCCCCCACCCACAUGCCUGUCUUCCCUUCCCCGCUCCCCCCCCCCCCCCCUCUCCCCCUCCACCCCUUCCCCCUCCCCUCCCGCUCCUCCUUUUUUUACUCACAUGCCUGUCUCCCCCAACACCCCCCCCUCCGCCUCCCCUUUUUGACUCACAUGCGUGUCCCCUUCCCCCUUCCCCCUCCUCUUUUCACUCACGUGUCUGUCUCCCUACUCCUCCUCCCUCCCUCACUCACAUGCCUGUGUCCCCCUCCCCCAAACCCCCCUUUCACUCACAUGCCUGUGUCCCCCUCCCCCAAACCCCCAUUUCACUCACAUGCCUGUGUCCCCCUCCCCCAAACCCCCCUUUCACUCACAUGCCUGUGUCCCCCUCCCCCAAACCCCCCUUUCACUCACAUGCCUGUGUCCCCCUCCCCCAAACCCCCCUUUCACUCACAUGCCUGUGUCCCCCUCCCCCAAACCCCCCUUUCACUCACAUGCCUGUGUCCCCCUCCCCCAAACCCCCCUUUCACUCACAUGCCUGUGUCCCCCUCCCCCAAACCCCCAUUUCACUCACAUGCCUGUGUCCCCCUCCCCCAAACCCCCAUUUCACUCACAUGCCUGUGUCCCCCUCCCCCAAACCCCCCUUUCACUCACAUGCCUGUGUCCCCCUCCCCCAAACCCCCCUUUCACUCACAUGCCUGUGUCCCCCUCCCCCAAACCCCCCUUUCACUCACAUGCCUGUGUCCCCCUCCCCCAAACCCCCCUUUCACUCACAUGCCUGUGUCCCCCUCCCCCAAACCCCCCUUUCACUCACAUGCCUGUGUCCCCCUCCCCCAAACCCCCAUUUCACUCACAUGCCUGUGUCCCCCUCCCCCAAACCCCCAUUUCACUCACAUGCCUGUGUCCCCCUCCCCCAAACCCCCCUUUCACUCACAUGCCUGUGUCCCCCUCCCCCAAACCCCCCUUUCACUCACAUGCCUGUGUCCCCCUCCCCCAAACCCCCCUUUCACUCACAUGCCUGUGUCCCCCUCCCCCAAACCCCCCUUUCACUCACAUGCCUGUGUCCCCCUCCCCCAAACCCCCCUUUCACUCACAUGCCUGUGUCCCCCUCCCCCAAACCCCCCUUUCACUCACAUGCCUGUCUCCCACCCCCCGCACCCACCCUUUCACUCACAUGCCUGUGUCCCCCUCCCCCAACCCCCCGUUCACCCGCUUGUCACCUGUCGGGCCCUCUGGUGGCGAGGGUAGCGGCGGCAGUGGUGGACGCCGGAGGAGGCGAGGUGAGAGCAGCGCAGCGAGCGGCUGGCAUGUGA